AUGCUAGGCCGACUGCGGAAGAAGAACGAGUCGUCGAGUAAGAAGAAGAAGGACAAAGACCAUCGCAUUAUCCCUGGUGCAAAGACAGACAUCAAGACAGACUACCAUAUUGAUGCCAGUGAAAUUGGAAGUGGAACGUUCGCCACCGUCCGCCGCUGCAGGCAUCGGGAGUCGGGCAACGUGUACGCUGUCAAGAUCAUCUCCAAGAAGUCGCUGGUGGACAAGGACCAUGUCAUGCUCCAGACUGAGGUCGAUGUCCUCCGUAACGUUAGCCAUGAGUCGUGUGUCAAGAUGUACGACUGCUACGAGUCGAAGCACCACAUCUACAUGGUGCUCGAGCUGUGCACCGGCGGAGAGCUGUUUGAUCAGAUCGUCGAGCGCGGCCACUUUUCCGAAGCCGACGCCGCCGUCACCAUGACCCAGAUCUUCUCGGCUCUCGAGUACCUGCAUGCCCGCAACAUUGUCCACCGCGACCUCAAGCCCGAAAACGUUCUCUGCGCCACCAAGCAGAGUGAGGGCGUGACGCCUGUGGUCAAGAUCGCCGACUUUGGGCUGUCCAAGGUCGUCGGCCACGAGACCACGCUCAAGACCGCGUGCGGCUCGCCGUCGUACGUCGCACCUGAGGUGCUCUCGCAGUCGUACAACGGGUACACCGACGAGGUCGACCUCUGGUCCGCAGGUGUCAUCAUGUAUAUCCUCCUCUGCGGCUUUCCGCCGUUCUACUCGGAGGACACGCCGGAGCUGUUUGAGCAGAUCCAGCAAGGCCGUUUUGACUUUCCCUCGCCGUACUGGGACUCGAUCUCCGACUCGGCAAAAGAUCUGGUCAACAACCUGCUGGUUGUUGACCCUGACCAGCGCCUCUCCGCCGUCGAGGCUCUGCAGCACCCUUGGAUCGCCUCGGUUGCCGGCGACGCCCCGGAUGCCAUCGACGGCGUCAUGGACCGCAUGUCGCGCAUGAACAACAAGCGCAAGUUCAAGAAGGCCAUCUUUGCCGUCCUCGCCGCCAACGAUACCCCCUCCUCGCCGGACCUCAUCACCACUGCCGAUCUCCCGGCCAUCGACAACUCUGAGCUGCUCGAUGAGACCGGCGAGCUGGUCGAUGAUCUCGUCGAGGGCAGCCACUUUCGUCUCCUCCAUGGCAACGUCUACCGUCUUUUCCACUCGCGGUGCGGCGGUGGGCCGGAGAUCAAGCGAUCGGUCAUUGCUGCAGGCGAGUCGUGCAGAGUCGAGAUCUAUCCGCUCAAGUUGCAUCUGCUCGCCCCGGCCGAGCCGUUUGGCCCCGAUCCCGAACUCGCCACUCGCGCCCGCGACAUGGGAUGGCUCCCGGCGCUCGGCGCACUCCCGGUCCAGCAGCCGCUGAUGGCGCGGACCGUCUCCUUCUCUCGUGCAGUCUCCAUCCACCACCUGGUCACCGCUGUGUGCUGGCUAGAGGGUGGCACGGCACGCAUUGCGGUCAUCCGCAACAGCGCCCCGUCGUCGUUUAUCGACGACCCGGCGCUCACCCUCACGGCCGCGGGCAUUCAGUGCGGUGACACGCUGUUCCUCGACUUUGAGGUCGAUGGCGUCUGGCUGCUUGACACCAUGCUCGCCGCCUCUGUCGAGUCAGCGCCAGCAGUCGUCGAUCUCACAGAAAGCUCGCCGCUUGACGAGCUGUCAGUCAUGGACGACGUCGUGGUGGCAAACGCGCCGGUGCCUCCGGGUCUGAUGGGUCUGGCUAACCUCGGCAACACUUGCUUCAUGAAUGCGGUCCUCCAGACCCUCGCGCACUUGCCGGCGCUCCGCGACCAGCUCCUUGCAGAUAACUUAUCUGACUCGAUCAACACGGUCAACCCGCAUGGGACCAAGGGCAAGCUCGCGUACGCAUUUGCCGACCUCGUCAAGACGCUGUGGUCUGGCGCCGGCGCCGCUGUCGCCCCGCGCCACUUUAAGCAAGUCCUCAAUCACCAUGCACCGCGCUUUGUUGGCUCGUCCCAGCACGAUGCUGGCGAAGUCCUCACCUACGUCCUCGACGGCCUACACGAGGACCUCAACCGCUCGCCGUACGCGCUCGGUGCAAGUCCGCGCCCGCGCCCGCCACCACCUGACACCUCAGCACGCGACCAAGACCUGAAUCUCAGCUCGAUGCUUGCGUGGAGCAGCCACCUGGCCCGCGACGAGUCGGUCAUUGUUGACGUCUUUGAAGGUCAGCUCAUCUCGCGCGUCGCGUGCACCGCCGACGGCUGUGGCAAAGCCUCCGUCACCUUUGAUCCGUUCCGCUCGCUCCAGCUCGAGCUCCCGGUGGAGGAACGCAAGCCGGUCGGCGUUGGCUCACCAGCCUCGCGCGCUCCUGUCCAGCUCACCCUCCGAACGGUUGCUGGUCCGUUUGAGGCCUUUGGCUCGGAACGCGAAGCCUUACAGCUGACGCUUCCUGCCAAGCCGCGCCCGAUUGUGCAAACUGUCCUCACUGCGGUAGCAGACGAGCUGGGAGUGCCGAGUCACACCCUGCGGCUCGCCUCCAUCAAGCACUCACGAGUGGUGGCCAACGCGGUGCUCGGCACUGCUCCGGUGGCUGACAUUGCCGGCGAUCUCGUUGUCUUCCGCUUGCCGACCGACCGCGAGCUCAAGGCCAGCGAGUCGGUCCUGGUGAGUGUGAGUCACCGGACCGAGAUCGGCGGCGAGUGCUUUGUCUUUGGCGAGCCGUCACUGGCGGUUGUUCCAGCCAACAGCACGUACGAUGCUCUCGAGGCUGCAGUCUUCCAGGUCUGCUCGGGUGCGCUGGCGGUGACCGAGCAGCUGGAGGUGCCGAGCGCAUCGAGCAUCGACUUUCCGAGCAUUCGCGACUUGGACAACGUAUCACCCAACGCGCUCGGCCUCAGCCUUGUCAUUCGCCAGCUCUCGGCAUCGGGGCGUGUGCUGCGGUCGUUUGCGCCGGACCGGUCGUGCGUGCUCGAGGCCAACUCGCGGCUGGUGGUCGAUUGGGCGACAAACGAAGGACUCCAUCUACGGAGCCUCCUCGCAAAGUCGCCGGUCGAGGUCAAGGUCGAGGAUGGAGGCAGCAGCUCGGCCUCUGUGUCAAGCUCCGGCAUGGACCUGGUGCGGUGCCUGGAACUGUUCACAGGCCGCGAGACGCUGGAUCCAUCGGCGGAGUGGCGCUGUGAGGCGUGCAAUGUCAAGGGCUACGGCGCGAGAGAGCUUGCGCUUGACCGGCUCCCGCGCGUCCUUGUCAUCCAGCUCAAGCGGUUCCAAAGCCACCAAACGCCGUACGGGUUCCACUCCACCAAGCUCGAGGCGUUUAUCGAUUUUCCGCUGACCGGACUCGACCUCACGCCGUUUGUGCGCGAGGGUGCGCCAGUGCCGGGCGUGUACAAUCUGGUCGGCGUCGUCAAUCACAUUGGGGUUGUUGGUGGCGGGCACUACACCGCGUACGUCAAGCAUGGUGAGCGCGACCAGUGGUUCCUCUUUGAUGACGCACACGUGGAGCCAGUGGGAGCGGCGCGCGAUGUGGUUACGCCGAAGGCAUACAUUCUGGUGUACGAGCUCGCCAGCGAGGUGGUGCCAUAGCAAUCAGCGGCGAC